GUGUUCUGAAAUGGAUUCGAGAUAGUAAGGCACGAGCGUUCCGGGUUAUAUAGAGGUCCUGAGGAAACUCUGGAGACAAACUCCGCGUUCCGUCGCGCACGGUCCCCUUGGAGCGACGGCGUUGCGGCCUCCGCUGGAUGCAACCAACCCACCAGCACCGCGCAAUCUCCGUAGUCCGUCGAGUCUUCGCUUAUCGUCGCAGCGGCGUCGUCGGUCGUCGCAAUGGCCCCUGCGACGGCGAGCUCGCAGGUGGCGGCGCUGCAGCAGUGGGCGGCGCGCGUGCUGCUGGCGGAGCUCGUCGCGCGCGACGACUCGGUGUGCGAGAUGUUCUGCGGGCGCGGUGAGGACACGGCGCUCUGGGUGCAUGCCCGCAUCUCCUCCUACCUUGGCGUCGACCUGACGCCGUCGUCGCUGGAGGAGGCGGCGGAGGAGUGGCGGGCGCACGGCAUGCCGUACGCUGCUGCCUUCCACUACGCCGACCCCUCGCUCACGCCCCUCUCCCUGGAGUCGGUGGGUCGCAGUGCGCCAUUCAACGUUGUCUGCUGCAGCCCGCGCGUGCAGUAAGGGUAUAGAAGCGAAUUCUAAAACAAACACAGAUACUUUUUGAGGGAAAAACAAAUCGAAUAUCUAGUUGCAUUCAUAUUCGGACAAACGCUUGUCCUGUGACGAAUCGAAUAGCUCCGAAUAUGGUUCGAAUCCGAGUAGAUUCGAAUCCGGCACUUCCUGUCUUUGUCCGCGUCCAUGAGGCCAUUGGGUUCUACCAAGCGUGGUAAGCAAAGCACCCCCCUCCCCCUGUCGCCAGCACCUCUUGCUGCCUCCACACUGCGUUCUCCUCCAUCAUUCGUGCAUCCUUCAAUGUUUUCUAUGCUGUCUUUAUUCACGUUGAAGCACAUUCAAUGGUAACGCACCAUAUAU